AUGGCCAGCUUUGUGGACCUGGAUAAGAAAGGCCAGUCAGAACGCCUAGAGAUUGACCUCUAUAAGAAUUGGAACCAUGAAGCGACAACCCUUUCCGGUUCUUUCAAGUCAUACGGAGUGAAAGACGGCGGUAGUGCAAUCUUCGAUAAUAAAAGAUCUGGAUACUCGGUAACAGCCGACCGGCUACUCUGGGUGGAUGGAUGGGAGAAAACGACAUUCAAAGAUGCCAAACCAAUACGCCACCAAGAGAUGACUCUAGUGGUGCUGAGAAUCGACCUUGCUUCACAUGAUCCCAAAAGAAAAUUUGCAUCUGCCAACAUCACCUUGGAAUUCGAAGGCGGCGACGGGAACACGUCCGAUCCUAAGGACGUACCGGAGGUACAAGCAUGGGCGCCUUUCAAUACUACUGAGAGAUAUAACGCCUCGAAGGCUUCUCACACUAAAUCCACCAAAACUGAGGUCGCCGUUCAGGCCGGGCACUCUAAUGCCGAACUAUCUGGCAGUCGGAGUAGCGAGUAUGAGAUAUCAUGGGAUCGAACUAUGUUCGACCAAGGAAGCUCGAUCCCAGUCAUGGGCCAGCUUGGGCGACGGAAUGGAGUCACAUGGAUUCUUGCACAAAACGAAUUGCAGAAUGCGGGCGUCCAGCCGACGUUUUAUAUCGCAGUACUCAUUUCACGACAAUCGCGCAAGCCGUACCUGGUGAAGUUUGACAUCGAAGCUCGGAUUAACACCAUGGAAGAUUUCAUAAACAAAACCAAGACCUUUUUCGGGUCAAAUCCUGGGAAAACCAAACCUUAUCUUGUGACCCCCUGGAAGCAGAAGGUCUGCAAUUACGAGGGUGUGAACAUAUUGAAGUGUAUUGACCUCGAUAAUCUGGGAAGAUUGCAAAACGACAAAAAGAGCUCCAGCUUGCAGUUGAGCUGGGAACUCAGCCAUCAAGUCGAGAUAGAAGGUGAAAAUACCGUCAAGCAUGCUGAAGGAUCGUUGGGCAACCAGGCGGCUGAAGAAAUGCGAGACAGCUUUGCGGAGAUGGCGACGUCGGCUUCAAUGAAAGGGGCUGGCGGUACACACACCGAAACACCGCUUCUUUCCUUGUCCAGAUCCACUGCGGCUAUUCUAUCCGCCCCCCCUGUCGAUUUGGCUAGAUUCACAGCGCUCGAGACUCGCGUGGCUCAGCUCGAGGCUCGUCUUGCUUUACAGGAUGAACUGAUGCUUCGAAUGCAACAAGCCCGUGCUUAG